AUGUGUGUUUCUUCCACCUCAUUGUCUUUGAGUAUUAAUGGUAAUCUACAUGGAUACUUUAAAGGAAAAAGAGGACUGAGGCAGGGUGACCCUAUGUCACUAUAUUUGUUUACUCUAGUAAUGGAGGUUCAUACAAGAAUAUUAAAUUAUUCUGCUUCUUUGGCUUCCAAUUUCAGGUUCCAUCCCAAGUGCGAGAAGCAGAACAUUAUCAACUUGUGCUUUGCAGAUGAUUUGUUUAUAUUUUCACAUGGCGAUACAAGAUCAGCUAAAAUUAUUUUAGAUUCCAUCAAUGCUUUUAAGGAUAUGUCAGGUCUUGUACCAAGUAUGCCCAAAAGUAAUGUUUUCUUCUGCAAUGUUUCUGAUCAGAUUAAACAGACUAUUCUUGAGAUUAUGCCAUUUGAGGAAGGUAGUUUACCGGUGAGAUACCUUGGAGUCCCACUUAUUUCGACCCAGUUAUUAUAUAAGGAUUGUAAUGUGUUGCUGGAACGUAUGGAGAAACGAAUCACGGACUGGAGGAACAAAUCUCUAUCGUUUGCUAGAAGGCUACAAUUGGUAAGAAAGGUUCUUUCAUCGCUACAUUUUUAUUGGGUGUUAGUAUUUAUUCUCCAGCAACGGCUUGUUCAUGAUUUGGAAUGCAAAAUGAGGCGAUUUCUAUGGAGCCAAGGUGACCUGGUUAAAGGCAAGGCUAAAGUCGCAUGGAAAUUACUAUGUGUUCCACAAUAUGAAGGAGGGCUUGGCAUUAGAAGAAUUUCUGAUUUCAACAAAGCGUUAAUGACUAAACAUGUGUGGAGCCUUCUAAAUCGCAGGGAAUCUUUAUGGGUUAAGUGGAUUUAUUCAUAUAGAUUGAAAGAAAGGAACUUUUGGGAUAUCCCUAUUCAACAAAAUUGUAGUUGUGGAUGGCGGAAAAUUCUACAACGAAGGAACCAUAUCUGGACACUAAUUGGUGAUGGACAGAGCUCCUCAUUAUGGUUUGAAAAAUGGGCUGAAAUAUGCCCUAUCAACAAUUAUGUCUCACCACGCGAGAUCAAUCGAGCUGGUUUUACACUUGGGUCUAAGGUGGCUGAUUUAGUUGAUGACGGUAUCUGGAAGUGGCAUGUUGCUUGGUUAGAUUUGUUCCAUGUGUUAAUCAGUUUACCCUCCAUUCACCCCCGUCCUAACGUUUUUGAUUCUUUAAUUUGGAAAGAUUCUGAUGGUAUUGACCGUGUGUUUUCCUUAAAUGUUGUAUGGGAUACUUUACGUUUUCGACAGGAGACUGUUGCGUGGCAUAAAGUGGUUUGGAGUCAAGUGCGUCAUCUUGCUCAAAUGCAUCAGAUCAGUGGUAAAUGGGAAGAUAUUUGUUGCUGGCUUCUUCCACGUGCAAACUCAAAUUCAGCUAAGAGUGUAAUUGGGAAAUUACUUGUGGUUGCGACUGCUUAUUUUAUAUGGCAAGAAUGGAAUCGCAGACUGUUCUCUAAUGAUAUUAGAAAGAUCGAACAGAUUCGAGAUAUUGUGGCUGCUAAUGUUCGUCUCAAGCUUGUCACACUACGUUUCAAGAACUCGUCUCAAGUUGGAAGAUUUGUUGAAGCUUGGAAUUUGCCAAGAGAGCUAGUGAUAUAUGAUACGUAA